AUGAAUUUAUCGGAUUUUAUAAGUUUUCUCAAUGCAAGAUAUUUAAAAACAAAUUAACAAUAAUAUAAAAAUAUUGGCAUGAUGUUUUUUAUGCUGCUUUUAAUCAGUAGUUUAGUUAUAAUUAUAACUAGUUGGAAUCUAUGGACAUUAUGGUCUAAAAGAAAAUUUCGGGAAGAAAAACGAGUGUGUGUUGUUGUAUUAGGGGACAUUGGACGUAGCCCACGGAUGCAAUAUCAUUCAUUAUCAUUAAUGAAGCAAGGAUAUUUCGUGGAUAUUGUAGGAUAUUCUGGUUCUGAACCUUUAAGAGAUUUGCAGAAGAGUUCAUUUGUUAAAAUUCAUUAUUUAAAACCUGUACCAGAAUGGAAUAAUCAAAUGCCUCGUUUACUUUCAUAUGCUAUAAAAACGAUAUGGCAAUCUAUCGAUUUAAUAUGGACUUUGGUACGACAAGUCCAAUCAACAUAUUUAUUACUCCAAAAUCCGCCAGCAAUUCCAACCAUUCCUGUUUGUUGGUUUUAUUGUCGUUUUUUUAAUACUCAAUUAAUAAUAGACUGGCAUAAUUAUGCAUAUUCCAUUAUGGCAUUAGGAAUAGGAAAAGACCAUUUGCUAGUGAAAAUUACAAUGUUCAUUGAGUCAUUUUUUGGUGCAAGAGCUGACAAAAAUCUGUGUGUUACUAAUGCUAUGAAGAAUGAUUUGAAAACACGAUGGAAUAUCGAAGCUAAAGUACUUUAUGAUAGACCUGCUAAAGAAUUUCGUCCAAUCGAUUUAACAGAGAAACAUAAUUUAUUUGUAAAAUUAAGUGAAACCUAUGAGGAGUUUGGUAAUGGAGAAAAAGAUACAUCAAUAUUUACUGAAAGUUCUCAUAAUGGUGAUAUUAAAUUAAGAAACCCUAGACCUGCAUUAAUUGUUUCAAGCACGAGUUGGACCGAGGAUGAAGAUUUUCUAGUUUUAUUUACGGCUUUACAUGAGUAUGAAACAGCAUGUUGUUCAAAAACUUCAACAUUGCCAGAUUUGAUUUGUGCUAUCACUGGAAAAGGGCCUUUAAAAGAUUUUUGGAAUGCUAUUGUUAAGUGUAAAAAAUGGAAACAUGUCAAAAUUGUGACACCUUGGUUGUCGAAUGAAGAUUAUCCUAAAUUACUUGCAAGUGCGGAUUUAGGUAUAAGUCUUCAUAAAUCAACAAGUGGUUUAGAUUUACCAAUGAAAGUUGUAGAUAUGUUUGGCUGUGGUCUCCCGGUGUGUGCAUAUAAUUACCCAUGUCUCAAUGAGCUAGUGAAACAUGAAGAAAAUAGUUUAGUAUUUUCCAAUGAUGGAGAAUUAUUUCAACAAUUAAAAAUAUGGUUUACUAAUUUUCCUAAUAAUGAGAAAGUAAUGAAGAAAGAUCAAGAAUUUCGAGAACAGUUAAAAACAUUCCAAAAAUUACGUUGGGAUAGCAAUUGGUCAACUGUUGUUCUACCUUAUUUUAAUUAAUCAUUUUUUUUGCACAUCAAAAAUGCACUAAAUGUAAGACAUUUAUUGUAUGUCCAUAACAAUGCACUUUGCAUUUCUAUUUAUAAAUAC